AUGUCCCCCAGUUACUGGGUGCGCGCGUUCCCCGAGGAGCUGGAGGGGGACCCCGAAUUCCUGCGGCGGCUGCGGGAGCUGGGGGGGGCGCUGGGGGGGGCCGGGGGGGACCCCCAAAUCUUCGCCGACCUGGAGAGGCUAGUUCCCCCCGUGUCCGUGAGUCCUCCCGUGUCCGUGUCCCCCCCCGUGUCCGUGUGUCCCCCCGUGUCCGUGUGUCCCCCCCGCCGCAAGGCGGCGCUGCUGCUGGAGCGGGUGGAGCCGCCGGCGCUGGCGCAGCUGCUCACGGCGCUGGAGCGGCGGGUGCUGGGGGCAGUGAGGCUGCAGGACUUCCGGAGCUUCGCGCGCUGCGGCUCGGCCGCGCGCAGCCCCGCCCUGAGGGGGGCGGUGGCGCUGUCCAAUCGCGUGGCGCGCUGGGUGCAGCUGCUCGUGCUGACCCCGCCCACCCCCGCCCAGCGCGCGCGCGUCAUCGAGCGCUUCCUGCUCACGGCACAGAGCCUCCUGGAGCUCCGCAACUUCAACUCGCUGCUGUCGCUGGUGGGGGGGCUGGGACACGGCGCAGUGACGCGCCUGCGCCGCACGGUGGCGCUGCUGCCGCCCGACGUCAUGCAGCUCUGGUCCCGCUUGGCCGACACCAUGAGCGCGGGGGGGAACUACCGGCGGUACCGGGCGCUGCUGGGGGGGGCCGGGGGGGGCGCCGCUCCCACGGGGGGGGUCCCGGAGGUGGGGGCGGGGGGGGUUCCCCCUCCCCGCGCUCGGGAUCCACCUGCGGGACCUGGUGGCCCUGGAGGUGGCGCUGCCGGACUGGGCGGGGCCGGAGCGCCCCCACGCGGCCAAACUGCAGCAGCGCUUCGCCAUCCUGGGGGGGCUGCUGGGGGCGGGGGGGCCCCCGGUGAGCGCCGACCCCCCGACCUGCUGCACCUGCUCACGGUGUCCCUGGAGCUGUCGGUGUCGGAGCAGCAGCUCUACCAGCUGUCACUGCAGCGCGAGCCCCGCACCGACCCCCCCGCGGGACCCCCCCCGGCGCUGCCCCCCCCGCCCCCUGGGUCCUGCCCGACCCCCCCGGCCCGACCCGGCGCUGCUGCGGGGCACCUGGAGCAGCUGGUGGAGAGCCUGUUCCGUCAGUUCGAUGUGGACGGGGACGGGCGCAUCUCUCGGGCCGAGUUCGCGAUCGUGCGCGGGAACUUCCCGCAGCUGCGGCUGUUCGGGGACCUGGACACGGACGGGGACGGCGGGCUGAGCCGGGGGAGCUCCUGGAUUAUUUCCUGCGCUGCAGCCAAGGGGGGGACGGGACCCCCCCGGGCCCCCCCCACCAUUUCGAGGGGGCAGCGCCCUGCGCCCCGCCCGCUGCGCUCAGUGUGGGGAGCUGAUUUUGGGGUUCAGGAGCCCCGGGCUGCGGUGCCGCGCCUGCGGGCUGCGCUGCCACCCGCGCUGCCGGGAGCGGCUGCGGCUCCCGUGUCGCCGUCGCACCCAAAGUGUCACCGAGACCCCCCCGGGGGACACCGAGACCCCCCCCGGCCCCCCCCGCGGCGCCCUCCCCUCAGCCUCGCGCUGCCUGGCCCCGACGGGCCCCCCCGCGGCCCCCCCCAGAAACCCCCCGAGCUGCAGGAGCUGGAGGACGGUGUGUUCGACACCCACCUGUAGGGCCCGGACGCCUGGGUCCUCUCAAGUUAUGGGGCCGGGACGCCUGGGUCCACUCAUGUUGGGGAAUCCCGGACGCCUGGGUCCUCUUUU